AUGAUUCUCGAUACGAACCAGCAGCUCGAUAGAAAAUCGCAUGUCUCCCUCACUAACCACCCAUGCCCCUCUCAUACCUUAUAUAAACCUGCGAAGGCUGAGCUCUUCUUUAUCGAUGUACUAGCGGUCACCGCAUGUAUCGCAUCAUAUCCGGGAAGCUGGGAGAUGCGCAAUGGUCGAUCGGCAGUCCGGGCCGAGGACGUCGAACAGAGAAUAUUUGUAAGCCCGGACGAUUGCUGCAUCGAGCUGCUACCCCCCCCAGUCUCCAUGUUAUGACAAUACGGUAGCAAUCCUAUUCCACCGGCAUGAUCCCCUUCCGUAAGCCCCCCAUACUAACCCACCCAGCGGAACCAACUUCACCUCUAACCUAACUGAACCCUAAUCACCACCUCGUAACUCUUUUCUUGAACCACAGAGCGCACACGAUGACUUUUUGAUCGCUCGAGAUCCCACGCGUAAUCCCGAGGCCGCGCGGUUGGCUUGGAAGCUGGGUUUUCCGCUGUUCGCUGUCGCAGUGGGGAUGCGCUCCUCGUGGGAGAUAUGGUGGCACUUCCUUUGCGGUGCUGGGAGUGUUACAGCGAAAUUUUGCGAAGGCGUUGGAUCGGGGGCUGGUUUGGUGGGUUAUUGACAUGUUUGUUAGGUGAGGUUGAGGCUAGACCGGAAGGAGUGAUUGUGCUGUCCGAGGAAGAGAGAGAGGUAUGA